CAUUUCCCUCGUCAUCAAUCAAACCUGUCAUCUCGCCGUGAAUUACAAUCCUGGACCUUGCCGGAGAUCGCGGAGUUUGUUCAAACCUGUCUAUCGUGCUGCCGGUUGCUGCUUUGCCUAGAUCAGCAUGUUGUAGCCACACCGCAGCCCAAGUCGUGUCCUUGGGCAUCCCGAUCCACGCCUAGGCCGCAAGCAUGCUCCUCCUCCACCAGGCAGGCAGCGUGAAGGUGGGAGAGGUGGUGCGCUACACCCUCACCUACACCCCCGCCAACGACCGCAUCCUCCCCACUCCCUCGCAUCUACACGUCAAGGUCAAGAACACCUCGGCCAUUCCUUUGCGCGCCGCCUGGGUACAUGGGCCCUACUGUAUCCAUGUCUCCGCCUAUCCGAGCACCUUCAACCCACACCAAAAAACAGAAGAUCCGAGCAAGGAGGGCGAGCCGCAGUAUGAACCCAUGCUCAAAGCCGGAGGCAGCUGGCAGGCGAAACUGCUCGUGCCUGAGAACAUCCGAGAGACUGGCGCACAUCUGGGCAAGAGGAAGCCUAGCACACGAGAGACGGGCCCGGCGGAAAACGAAAGCCAGCCCAGCGUCACGUGGAUCAUCGAAGUCGCAUCGCAGAUUCUCUUUUCCAACUCCGCGUCUGUACAUUUCGAAUUCCUGGCUAGUCGCGACGAACGCGGUCUAGAUCUUGGAUUCGCAGCCGUGGCUAGCCAUGGCCACGGCGGCCCGGGCCAGAUCCAACAACUCACCACGGAUAGGGAAAGGAAACGAGCUCGAGACAAGGGCCACGUCCAAACCGCUGGCGUGUACACCAAGGCUGUUCGGUUGGUUGUGGAAGACACGGAGAUAUUGUGGGACAAGCCGCCCCUGCCGACGGCCGACGGCUACGACGAAAGACAGAAGCGUUCCACAGACACAUGGAAGGAAGACGAGGAGAGCGAGCGGACGGGAAGAUCGACGUCGAAGGACGAAAAGAAGCAGAAGAAGAAGAAAAUUCACCUCGUUGUCCUGACUCACGGUCUGCACAGCAACACUGGUGCAGACCUGCUCUUUUUGAAGGAGUCCAUCGAUGCUACAGUGAGGCAAGCGAGGAUGGACGCUAAGAGGCGGAGAGAGAGCUAUUCGUCCAAGCGCCAACGCACCGAGGAGGUCUCCAAGUCCGAAGACGCCGAUAACAACAAAGAAGUCGACCACACUGCGGCUGGCGAAGGGACAGCGACUGCUCCGCUCUCCGGAGGUCAGGAGGACCUUAACGAAGCUUCCUAUGACUCCGACGAGGAGGAAGAGACCAUCGUGCGCGGCUUUACUGGCAACGCCGUUCGCACUGAGAACGGAAUACAAUACCUUGGCAAGCGCCUGGCCAAGUAUAUCCUUCGCUUCACCUAUCCAGAUCAGCUGUACCUGCCCGUCAAGAAAAGCCUGACCACCGCUCUCAGCGACACGUUCCGAAGCGAGGACUCCAAGGCCAAACGGGACGGCAUCCCCGUGCACUCCGGCAGUAGCAUCCAUGAGCCAGGUUCUAGUCAGGAACAGGAUGGCCUUCCAUACACCUUCACCAAAAUCUCCUUUGUCGGGCACAGCCUAGGAGGCUUGAUCCAGACUUACGCCAUCGCUUACAUCCACAAACACAAUCCCACGUUUUUCACGCAGAUCAAGCCCGUCAACUUCAUCUGUAUGGCUUCGCCUAUGCUCGGCUUGAGCAAUGAAAACCCCAUGUACGUCAAGUUUGCGCUCGACUUUGGCCUCGUCGGGCGGACAGGCCAAGACUUGGGCCUGACUUGGAGACCACCCACGAUCGCGCGAGGCGGCUGGAAUGCUGUUAUCGGCGGUCUCGGAGCGGGUAACAAAGAUCAGAAGGCCGAAGACCCCAGUGCUAAACCAUUACUCCGAAUACUACCCACCGGCCCGGCGCAUCAAGUCCUGAGAAUGUUCCGAAAUCGCACGGUGUACUCGAACGUUGUCAAUGAUGGUAUCGUCCCGCUACGGACAAGUUGCCUCCUAUUUCUGGACUGGAGGGGCCUGGGCAAGGUCGACAAAGCCCGGCGUGAGAACGGCUUGAUCGGAACCGUGGCCGAGUGGGGCUGGGCAGAACUGACAGGUCAGAAUUCCAAUGCUUUGGCUGCGAGAAUUGCUGCAGGGUCACCCGGGAGUGGCGGCGGCGUUGAUGAUGAUGACGAUGAUGAUAACGAAUACGUUCGCCGGGGCGAAGGGGAGGCUGUGCCACAGCCAGAUGAGGACGAAGUGAGUAUGGAUGCAAGACGUGUAACCACACGCGACAGUUACGAUGAAUCCACCGGCCGCAACGGGUCGUCCUCCACCGGCCGCAAUGGUUCGUCAGAUGGCCCCAACACGGCUGCAACGGUUCCUCAGGAUCAGCAGCAGUCCGAGCAGCAGCAUCAAGGCGUGCUGGAUAGCUUCUUCAAUUUCUUUCGGUCUGGCGGGGAUCAAAAGUCUGCCCAUCACCCUUCAAAGAAGACCACAAAGGCACUCAGACGAGGGCAGGUUGUGCAGCAAACGGAAGAAGAGGAGAGAACCACCAGCAAUCCAACCAUGCGUCCCCAUCUGACACAUGCACACACUGGGCAGGUUCAACCAGAGGAACGACCAUUGGCAAGUCGCGGUGAUAGUCUCACGGGCGAGACGGGCGAGCUUCAAGCGCCGCCCAGGACCUCCAUCUUCGAAUCCGCGGGCGACAUUCUGCACCCUCCACUGCCGAGUAGAGCGUGGUUGAUCGACCCCAGUAGCCGAACGCGCACCAUUUUCCACGACCGGGUCUACCACCCUGAGGACAUUCCCGCGCCGCCGCCUUCACGACCAGGCUCGCGCUUUACACGAUCUCUGAAAUCGGAGCUGAGCCUUAGAGGAAGUAAGUCCUCUCAAUCAUUGGAAAGCCACGAUUCUGCAGGUACCGGAGGCAUGAAGGUGGAAGAGAAGAUUGCCCGGGCAUAUCACCGCGAUCUGAGCUGGCGAAAGGUGCUCGUGCGGCUCGAGCCCGACGCGCACAACAACAUGAUUGUGCGACGGAUGUUCGCAAAUGCAUAUGGCUGGCCGGUCGUCAAGCACCUGUGCGACACACACUUUGCAGACACGUAUGCGGCGAAUACGAGGGAUGAGAAUGAGCCGGCUCGCGAACGGGCAGUGGACAUGAACAAGCCGAUCCCAGAAACCGGUGAAGAAGUUGCGGAGCAGACCGCACGACAGGUCCCGGAACGCACAGCGAGUGAGGUCAGAGAAGCGCGGGAUGAGCUCGCAGAUUUGGAGACCCCUAGGGAGGGUGCCACAAGCAGCUACACUUUGAAGCCAUCUUCCGUGCAUUCACGAUCCAGCACCGGCACAUGGGAUGACGAGUGGUUGGAAGGCGAUGACGACGACGAUAGUGACGUGGACGAACGCAAUCUGGUGCAACGCCUCAUCAACCCAAUGGCGGUCAAGAAGCAACAACCAUCACCUCAGCCUGCCAAACAGAGGAAGGCGAACGAUGAACCGCCAAGCACGCCGAGCCAACCGUACACUGAUGGCCAUCGCGGUCUUUCCCCCACGACAUUACGGAGCCCGAGAUCGGGGGCUGAGGCUGUGAAGCCGACCUUCAACAGCGCGGACGUGGAACGUGUUGCGAGUGGGACCAGGGGGGUCCCCGAAGCGCGGGGAAGCACUGCAGACGUCGGGCUAGGAAGGAAGGUCGAAGAUCAGACAUCUCCGACUAAGAGUCGACGAAAGAGCCGCGAGCCAUGAUGCCACGAAUGCAAUGCAAGAUGAGACUUGGUGAUGAAGGUCACACCGGGCGUGAAUUGUAGAAAUCGGUCGCCAUAGGAGAUACCACCGAAUAGUCUGCUCA